GGCCGCGUCCCUAGUAACAGGCGGCGGGAGAGGAGAGGAGGGAGCCGGGAGGACAGUGCGCAGGCGCUGGGGAGAGACCGAGGAGAGACGGAGAUGGAGGAGGCGGAAGGAGCAGAGGAGGUGACAGAGAUGUGGUACCAGCUUCCAGCAGAGGAGGACGGCAGCACCUUCUUUCCCACGCUGAGUGAGACAGGGAUGCGAGGAGAGCAGACUUCAUUCCCCAGCAUGGAGGAAGGAACCAUCCAAUCGGAAGCCGAUCUGCAGAGCAGGAUCCCUGGGGGCCGGACGCUCCCUUUACAACUCGACUUCCAGGACAGCCGUUUGUCCCCGUGCCUCCCUCUUCUCACCUCCGGAUCUAUUCCGGGACACAAGUUUUUUGAAGACACUUUGUUCCAGCAGACAGAAACUGAAUUUGCUUCACUCAGGGCUUCCCUGGACAUGUCUGAAUUUCCAGGCCCUGGAUCUAUGUCUUUGCAAAUGACUGACGCAUUAAGACUGGCCAGUAAAGAAGUGUUGAUGGUCCAUGAGGAAGACACCUUGUCCUCAACACAGCAUUAUCAAAAGAGUCCUGAUGGACACCUUGACUUGAGUAGUCCUGAUGGACACCUUGACUUGAGUAGCGAUCAGUACCUGUCAGAACAUCCUCUGAAUGUUAGUCACGGGGAAAAAGAAGAUGACACCAUCACAGAGAACGUUCAUUCUGAUUCGGGAGUCUUGAAGACGAUGGGCCAGCCUUCUGUUGAGGACCUCAUGGCAGAAGAUGGCGCUUUUCUGGGUAGCAAUGUCCCAGCCCCCGUGUUGUUAGAGCUUCUAGAGAAAGAAGUUGGUCUGUCAGCUGGCAGUGGUUCGUCUUCUAGACGUUCUUCACAAACUGUUUCCACCAGCGAGGCUGACAAUAUUGACGUUCUAUCACAAGAACCUAGAGAGGACAAAGUCGGCAUUCUCAAGCCUCAAGCUCGAACAAAAACUCCAACCGGACUAAACUUGGAAGAAGAAACAUUCAGAGAUUCGAGUGAAAUACAUUUUGAUGACCCCGAGUUGGAGAAAGCCAAUCUCAGUGUACCUGGUCACUUAGACCAGUCUGGUAUUACCUUACGGCAAUCUUCUCCGGGGCUCAGAGAUGAACUUCAGAAGCAGCUGUGCGUUGAGAUCCAACAAGAGAGAAAAAAGAGGGAGAUGUCCAAAUUUCAUAAGAGCAGGAUUGACAGCAGUCCAUCUUCACAGAAUGCACUUGAUUUCCCUGAGAACGUCACAAAGCCUUCCUUUAGUGGAGAAGAUACAGUGGAAGAGCAGCUAAGGGGCGAGUUCACUAGGUCCUCCCAUUGUAUAGAACGUGGCCAUAAAGAGACGGACUUGUCUCAGGCUGUAAACACCCCCAUAGAUGAGGCUUCUUUUAUCGGGCGCCUAGCUUAUCCCAUCUCGCAGUCGACCCCCGGAACUUUUUCUAUGAAUCGGAAACAACUUUCCGGCAGAAUCCAGCAAAUAAAAGCCAAGCUCACAGGAUCUGACAUGUCUUUAAAUGAAGAGCCAAAUAGCAGUUCUUCAAACCCUAAUGUGGCCUCUAGUGGGGUACACCAAUCCGUUCAGAGCAGCCAGGGUUAUCCCGAGAGCAGUGAUUCUCAAAGGUCACCAUCGCCCCAAAGAAAAAAAAUCCAAUCCUUGCCUAGCUUGAAUUACAUCGAAAAGGUCGGAUCUUGGAACACAAACCAAUCAUUCGACACAUUGGUCCUACGUGGUUUAACUGGUGUGUCUCCUAAAAAGCUGGCUUAUAAUGCCGUGGCAGAUUCUUUGAACCGCAUGUUGUCCAAACAAACUGACAGCAGCACAUCGAAGAAAGGACUGGAUGCCUCAAUCAAAGGCACAUCUUCAAUGACGAACUUGAACGUAGAACAUAUAGAGUCUUCCAGUGCCUCUAAGUUGACUCGGUCUCAAUCAUACAACUCUGUGAUAACUGCAGUGGGAGGAAACCAGGCUUCGAAGAGAACAGAGGAGAACAUAGAUCCUGUGGCUGAAGAAGGAGAAGAGGCAGCCAAGUUAAGCACCGUACAACCCUUUGAAUCUCUACGAACACACACGAUUCUAAGCCGAGAUAAUUCUGGGAAUGAGACCAAGCACCCCAACAAGGGGGCAAGUAUGGGAAAGAAUGAUACAGCUCACAGUCCUCCUGACUAUGUUGAACAUCUAGAAAAAUCAAACCAUGAACGAGAGAAAAGGCUUGAUGAAUCCAGCAGACCUCUGAAUAAGAGCCUGAUUAUGAUGGAACAUUUUAGCGACGUCUCUCUUGACCAGGAAUUUUCAGGAAGCUCUCAUACGAGUGAUCAUCUUGGAGAUGUCCUCCAGGAUUCUGUAGGAUCUUCAGUACUAGGAAUGAGCCACCACCAAGGAGAACCUUUAAUGCAAGUGUGGUCAGGAGAAGGAGCAACUCGGGAGAAGGAGUGGUCAGGAGAAGGAGCAACUCGGGAGAAGGAGUGGUCAGGAGAAGGAGCAACUCGGGAGAAGGAGUGGUCAGGAGAAGGAGCAACUUGGGAGAAGGAGUGGUCAGGAGAAGAAGCAACUCGGGAGAAGGAGUGGUCAGGAGAAGGAGCAACUCCUGAGAAGGAGUGGUCAGGAGAAGAGGCAACACCAGAGGACGAGUUCAACAUUGAAGAAAGAAUUCCUGAAAGCUCUACCAACAAUUCUGUGACUACAUCUCCCACAAGACUGUCACAAAGCAGGCCCCGUAAACGUAAAAAUAUUGAGGACUCCACAAAUAAAUUCUUAGCACAGGCUACAGCUGCUCUGCAAUCCAAAACGGAUGACUGUGAUGCCUGUGGAAUUGUUACUGCAAACAAGCUAAGGAAGAUGUCAGAGGAGCAACGUCGGUUCUUUGAACCUUUAUUGGUCCAACUACUCAAUAAAGGCGUCAAGGGAGAACUUAACAUAAAUACAUUUAUUGGAGAACAUCCUACAACAACGAUGUUCCAUACUCCUCAGCAUCGUGCCACUCCUUCCACAUCCUAUCCUCAACAGCAGCAGGGUACCCCACCAACAACCCAUCAUCAACAACAUCAAGCUACGCCAUGGUCUUAUCCUACAUCUGAUAGAGCUGUGUCCUCAUGGGGUUCAGAUUUCCAGUUCACUAACCUUUAGUUUUUUUUUUUUUUUUUUUAUUUGUUCAUC